UGUUUCCAAAAAGAAAGCGAAACUCUCUAGAGGGUGUAAUCUUAGAUGAGAAAAUAAAUCAGCUUGGUCAAUAUUACAUGCCAAUGGAUCUCAAUCCACUGUUUAAAAGUCAUAAAGUAAAAGCUAUAAAGAGAACAAGAUAUAUUUUGUUACAUGCCUCAAGAUCUAGUUUACAGAAUUCCAAUUUUCAUGAAAUACUACGUUGCUCGUUAACUUUAGUAUAUUAUUUUGCUAUGAGAUUGAAAAUUAGGAGACAAAAUAGAAGAUGCUGGAACUGGUACGGUCGAAGGCUGUUUAAACGAGCUGAGCAAUUGUUCCACAAAGCUAUGGCAAGUUUGCAACCAGAACGUAGCGAGGACUCUAUAAAAGUAACACUCAAUUUCUUUACCGAAGUAUCUCUAUGGCCGUACGAAAGUUUUGUUCAACAAAUACUUGAAAUUGUUUUAUACUAUAAUCGUGGUAAAUCUACAUUAUUUUAUUUAAUGCUAUCUGAUAUACAUUGCAUUUUAUUUACCGACGUGAUAUCAGCAAGACAUCGUAUGAGAGUCCUUUACGAAUUACUACAAAGUGAAAAUUGGAUUAUUGAUAAGCAAAAACUACUUCCUUUUAUUAUAAGAUUCUUGAAUUUCUUCGCUUAUAGUAUCGAUAAAGGAGAAGAUAAAGUACCAGCUUACAGAUAUCUUAAGAAAGGUUUUGAAGUAUGUCUAAGAAGAAUAUUUGAGAGAGCUGAAAAUCGUCACAGAUUGACUAUCAUUGCAACUAUGUUAAAUUGGUUUUACAUUGUUAAUAUGACUGACGAUGAUAUUUUUGAAUUUUCAUCUUUAUUAGAUUAUGCAGCGCAAUUGUAUCACGUCAAAAUGUACAGUGAAAGCUUUUGUGAAGGUCUGUUUGAUCAUGUAUUGAAAAAUUUGAUUGGUUCUCCGAAUACUCUUCAUAGUCUUGUCGGUAUUCGGUUGCUGAUAAGAUUCCUCGAUCGACAAUGUAACGCUCAAUAUCUUGUUGUACCAACAAUAUAUUACAGUUUUUCACAGGUGAAUUUAAAAAUUGGCGUAUACGAUAGUGGCGAUAAAGCAUUCAUACGUCAGUAUCGAGAGAAAUUUCAUAACUACUUCCUUAAAGCUGUGAAACAACAUUACUACAGUGCUGUUAAUUUAAAAACACUGUUUACUGCAAUUAGUUGUAUUGUGCUUGAAGUUCCUUGCGGGUUAACAGCUGCUGCAGCAGCUUGUAUGGUCAUGGUUAUACAAGAUUUUGCGAUCAAUGCUGAAGAUAUACCAGUUAGAUGUAGAUAUUGGAUGCAUGCUAUAGUUGUAUCAGUGAUGUCGUUAGUAUGCUGGGUGCAUAAAGCGCCAGAUCUUUACAGAUAUGUAAAUCAAAUAAUAUCCAGAAGAGCGAAGGAAGCACCACAAUUAAAUCCUCCGUUAACGAAAAUCUACAAUAUCGAGAAUAAACAUAUUAUGUGGAAUAAACCGACGUUGUUUUUUGAGGAUUGGGAAUUACGUUACGGCCUUUGGAAACAUUUUCAAGGUACCCCUAGCAGAAGACAUCAGAGUAUAUCCAAAUUGAAAACGCCGUACAUCAAUAUUAAAGUGUGA